AUGGCCCAGUCCAGCAAUGACCAGUGUCUGGCACCCACUGACUGCGACAACGGUGACAAAUACUGUGUAACAAUAACCGGCACUGACAAGUCCACUGCCUCGCUGUGGUGCUUCACGUGCGAGAAACAGGCCAGCAACUGGACAUGCCUGAAGUUCACCAAGUGCGCGGCUGCGGACCGGCACUGCCUGACGAUCGUUCGUAACACAGGGCUAGGCAUAUGGACCGUCAACAGGCAGAUCACCAAGAAAUGCUCCCCGAUCUGCCCGCAGAUGAAUAUCAACCUGGGCAUCGCCUCUUUCACCACCGCUUGCUGCCAGCAUUCGCUUUGCAACGUGGGGGGGAAGCCGGCGCUCAAGCCAGCUGCUCAGUGAUGGGGCAAGAGGCUUGGGGCCUUCCCUAGAGACGGAUUUGGGGAGGAGGCCCCGACGAACCUGCCCGAGUUUCCCCAAUGAGAGACCGACACCUUCUGUGCAUUGCAUCCUCGCCACCAGGCCUCUAUGCAAACAGCAUCUCUGUUGCCCUUCUUCCUGGGGUGGUCCCCUGGCUUGUCUCUUGGAAGAUGCAUGGCCUUCUUCUGCGUGGUCCUGGCACUGGGCGGGGCUGACUGGUUUGGCCAGGUGAGGCAGGAGGACCCAGAAUGCUACUCUGCAGAGAGGGUGCCUAGUGCUAUCUCGGCCAGUUUCUAUCAUAUUUCCUUUCUGACAGACAUUUCUAGUCCAUGUCACACUAGGAUGACACAGGCUAGCACCUCCCUCCCCUCAAUCAUCCUUAGAGCAGAUCUUUUAGAAUAAUCUCCCAUCUUAAUUUAAAAUGUGCCAAUGAUGGCAAAUCCACCAGGACCCUUGGGAAACUGGUCCAGUGACGAACCACCUUCCCUGUUCAAAAUGUGCAUCUUCUUUCCCUUCUGAAGGGACCCAGCUUCCGCUGGACUCAUGCUAGAUCUUCCUCUGCUAGAUUGAAGACCCGUUAUUGAAGAUUUGCUCCUUAGAUGCCUGUGUUGGGUAGAGUUCCAAACUGAGGGAGGGCCCCUGGUAAACAAGGGAGACAAAGAGAGAACCUGAGUUGUGUGGAAGCCUAUUUCUUUGUGUCUGGGAUUGUAGCUGUCCACUUUAAUAAAUGACUCCUGUUUAAGAC